AUGGAGGAGGUGGAGCAGACGCUGACCAAGAAACAGAUCGAGGAGUUCCGGGAGGCGUUCAGCCUCUUCGACAAAGAUGGCGACGGGACGAUCACGACCAAGGAGCUGGGCACGGUGAUGCGGUCGCUGGGGCAGAGCCCGACGGAGGAGGAGCUGCAGGGGAUGGUGGACGAGGUGGACGCGGACGGCAGCGGCGCCAUCGACUUCCAGGAGUUCCUCACCCUGCUGGCGCGCCAGAUGCGGGAGGCCAACGGCGCCGACGAGGACGAGCUCCGGGAGGCCUUCCGCGUCUUCGACCAGGACCAGAACGGCUUCAUCUCCCGCGACGAGCUCCGCCAUGUCCUCCAGAACCUCGGCGAGAAACUCUCCGACGAGGAGCUCGCCGAGAUGCUCCGCGAGGCCGACGCCGACGGCGACGGCCAGAUCAACUACACCGAGUUCGCCAAGGUCAUGCUCGCCAAGUGA